AUGACAGAUCUCCGCUACAAUGAAAUUUUAUCGCUUUCAGAUAUGUUGGAGGAUAUUUCCAAUUUAUUGCUAACAGGUUCAAGGGUUUCAAUGAUUUUGGAAGAAUUUAAAACAGGUUUAUCAAGCGAUUUAUCCUGA